AUAACAGUUUACUACUAGUUUACCUACCUUUAUCAAAAAAAGAAUUAUCUUAAUGAACUUAAUAUCUUCUAGAUCAGAACCGAUACUUACGUGUUAUGGCUAGAGAAGUUGCCGAAGUAAAAAGUGAGCAAAAAGAACUGCGGAUGCUUUUGCUUCGUCGGAAGUCUAUGGCCGAAGUUAAUAACAACACCGAAGACAUUGGACUACCGGCCUUUCAGAAACAUGUCGCACUUCCUCUACAAUCUGUAGAAGAUUUUAAAUAUUUUGAAGAAGAACUAUUAAAGGAGGACGUCAGAAAAAACCUAGUGUACAUGCUAAGAAGCUUUUUCGAAAGAAACUUGGAUGACACAGUGAGACGAAUAUGGAGAGAAGUCAUGUCUGAUGACUUAAUGAAGCUUUACACCUGGAGCGGAACGCCGAAACCCAACAGCGGGAAAGAAAAAGGACUGGCCGUAAAAGGCUCAAGAUUAUUACUAGCGGUAAUUGAAGCUGUGAAACACGGCGAGUUCGAAAGAACAACAAUUCCAAAAAUAGAAAAUAUUACCCAAAUUUUCAUAAGGAAAGCUGUCGACCGACUAAAAAGUAAGCGAUAAUAGCUAACUCAUGAUCAAAGACCCAUGGUUCCCUCAUUAUGACUAUUUUUCCUCUCGGGAAAGGGAUA